AUGCGUGUUGUCGCAUGCGUGUUGCAUCCCUUUCUCAUUCCCUCGUCCCUCUCCUAUCCCCUUCCCAUAUUUUUCCGACUCUUACUCCCUUUUCAAACACCUUAUUCCUUUCCCUUUAUCACAUCACACUCCCAUUCUCCCCUGCCUCUGUCACUCUCACAUCCCUCCCUCACUCCUCAUCCCCUCCCUUAUUCUCACAUCCCUCCUUCUCCCAUCCCUCUCCCUCUCCCACUCUUCUUCUCCCCUCCCAUGCCAUCUGAUCUCAGGCGCUCGUUGCUAGGUUGUCACCAUGACAACCGCUCCCUGCCUCUGUCCUCCCUGCCUCUGUCCUCCCUGCCUCUGUCCUCCCUGCCUCUGUCCUCCCUGCCUCUGUCCUCCCCGCCUCUGUCCUCCCUGCCUCUGUCCUCCCUGCCUCUGUCCUCCCUGCCUCUGUCCUCCAUGCCUCUGUCCUCCCUGUCUCUGUCCUCCCUGCUUCUGUCCUCCCUGCCUCUGUCCUCCCUGCCUCUGUCCUCCCUGCCUCUGUCCUCCCUGCCUCUGUCCUCCAUGCCUCUGUCCUCCAUGCCUCUGUCCUCCCUGCCUUUGAUUACCUGUGGUGCUGGAGCAGCUGCGAUGCUAGAGCAGCUGCGAUGCUGGAGCAGCUGUGAUGCUGGAGCAGCUGUGAUGCUGGAGACAGCUGUGAUGCUGGGGCCAGCUAUGAUGCUGGGGCCAGCUGUGGUGCUGGAGCAGCUGCGAUGCUAG